GGGGUUACUUCUAGAAACCACCUGUCUUUUUACGAAAAAAAAAAAAAAAGGUCUUUCAUCAUCCCUUUUUUUUUUAAACAAGAAGCAUCCAAGAAUUAACAUGGCACAACAAGAUGAACGUAUUGGGUAUUUCUCGACGCUUUGUCAAGAACUUUAUAACCCUAAAAGCGCAAAUGAACGAGAUCAAGUACAAAAGAUACUAGAGGCCAGUUUUCCUACUUUUGCCUCGGACGCUCAUGUCACCACCCAUUUAGAAAACAUGCCUUCAUUUCAUAUUCAGAACCCCACAGAUACCGCAAACGCUUUACGCAUCCUUCUCGAAAACUCCCCUAACCCUUACGUUCAAACUUUUGCCCUCUCCAGACUGAAACAACUCGUCAUGGCUCAAUUCACCCUCUUUGACAACGAUACCAAGCUCCAGCUGCGUACCUUCUUGUUGGAGUAUGCUUAUAUUCACCCCGACUUGCAACCAUUCGUCAUUACACAGUUAGCUACCGUACUCGCUGUCCUGACUCGAUUUGGCUGGCUAGAAAUCGAUGAGUAUCAAAACGUAUACAAAGAUAUGGCCCAAUUCCUCCAGGCUUCAGCAGAGCAUCGUAUUGUAGGUGUUCAAAUCUUGGCCAUGAUGGUACAAGACAUGAAUUCACCCACUAUUCCCAAAUACGCUGCCAAAUUUAGAAAAGCAGCUGCCGGACUUCGAGAUACCCAAUUAUUCGAGAUCUUUGAAAAUGCAUUUCAAUUAUUACAAGCCAUUCUAUCUUCCUCUCUCUCCUUUGAUAAACCGGGUCAGGAGGAUAGGACAAAGGAUGCCGUGUUGAAUUUACUUUUAAGGUGUCUAUCCUAUGAUUUCGCAGGCACCAGUCUUGAUGAAGCCGGUGAUGAUACCAACGUAGUUCAGAUUCCUGCUUCAUGGAGAUCCAUGUACGAAAAGGAUGAUUUUAUCCCCACCUUCUUUUCCGCCUACCGUCAAUUCAACCCUUCACACGCCAGUAAAGUCAUGGAAUGUCUAGUUCAAAUUGCUGCUACCCGUAAGGCCCUCUUCAGUGGCGAGGACAAACGCUCUGAUUUCGUGCAAGGUAUGAUGACCCAUAUCGGCGACAUCAUCUUGACCUCACAAGGUAUGAACGAUCCCGAUUGUUAUAACGGCUUUUGUCGUCUCCUACAUCGUUUUCGCACCACCGCCCAGUUAAAUGAGAUGGCAGAGAAACCAGGUUAUCUCCCCUGGAUCGAAUUGGUAGCGGAUUUCACUCAAAAGGCCUUUGCACAACAACAACCCAUGACUUGCUUUUAUCUUUUGAGCUUUUGGGCUCGUAUCGUCACCAGUAUGGCUUAUUAUCAACAGUUGGGAGAGGACACCGUGCUCAAGUUGGAGGAAAUCACUGUCGCUUUAACAAGGACCUUCAUGACCACCUAUAUCGAAUUCGUCCCUGCUCGUAUCGAGGAAAUGUUGGACGAUCCGUUGGAUGAUCAGGAUGAAUUGAUCGAAUCACUCACCAUGUUGGGACAAAUUGCGCGUUGCAAGUAUGAGAAAUCAUGUGCUGCGCUUUUUGAAAUAUUUGAUCCCAUUACUGUCCACUAUCAGGAAUUCAUGAAUCAGGCAAGUAUGGGUACAAUUAGUGGAGAAAAUCUGAAAGAAGCCAUCGAAAUCUUUGAAGCCAAAUUUGCUUGGAUGGUCUAUAUCAUGGCUGUUUUUGUUGGCAACCGCCCCCCUUAUUUGAGCUCGGACGAGAACGAUGAACUAGACGGUCAAUUAACGACCAAAGUAAUUCAACUCAUGCAAGUAAACCAAAACCUCGUUUCGGAAAAUCGAGAUUUCCAAAGUGAGAAACUGGAUGCGGCGCUCGUGUAUUUCUUUACCCAGUUUCGGAAAUCCUAUGUGGGUGAAACCAAUACCAAGCCCGUCUACAAGAAACUCAAUGAAGUCUUUGAGAUUGAGGGACAAACCGAUAUGCUCAACCUCAUCAUGAACAAAAUUAUCACCAACUUGCAAAUGUGGGGGUCCAGUGAAAGCAUUAUUAAACAAUCUUUGGAACUGUUCCAUGACCUCGCCAGUGGUUACAGCGCCCUUAAAAACCUACGAAAAAUAGACGCCACCACCCUCAUCAUGCAAAACCAUCUCUCCAAUGACUUUUCCUUUUUCAAUCAUGCUAAACACCGUCAAAGUCGUAUGCUGUAUUAUCAAGUUCUCUGUAAAAUUCUCUUUGCCGAGGAUAAUUGUGAGGCAGAAUUCUACGAGUUUAUGAAACCCUUUGAAGUACGUCUGGAUCAUCUCUCCACUUUAUCCACCAUUGAAGAGUUCAGGCAACCCGGAGUCCAGAACGCAUUGGUAGAGGUGUUUCGUGAUUUACGCGCCUUCAUUCAACCCAUCCAAAGUCGAAAGAAUUACCUCUUAUUCUUUCACUGGUUCUACCCAGACUACAUGCCAGUCCUACUCAAGGGUAUCAGUGCUUGGUCCCCAGAUCCUUCUGUGAACACCUUGCUUAAAUUCUUUGAAGAGUUUGUCAGUAACAAGAGUCAACGUCUCAACCUUGAUGUCUCGUCCGCCAACGGUGUACUCAUCUUUCGCGAUGCCAGUCAGAUCCUCUGCACGCAUGGUCAACGCAUAGUGGGCGGAGGCACCCUCAGCGAAUCGGACAAAUAUCCCGUCAAAUACAAGGGCAUGGCUACCUGUUUUAAUCUCCUGGGUAAAUGUCUGGGUGGAAAGUAUAUUAAUUUCGGUGUCUUUUGGUUGUAUGGGGAUAAAGCAGUGAAUGAAGCCUACAGUAUCAUGUUUCAAAUGAUGUUGGAUAUCCCUCUCUAUGACAUGAUGAAUUAUCCAAAGUUAGCCAAGGCAUUUUUCUUUAUGUUGGAUGAAUUUUCUGCCGAACAAAUGAUGAUGGACCCAGGAAUGCCUGGGGAGGCAUUUUUGUAUAUUUUACAAGCGUGUGAGGAAGGAGUGGAAUCAAACGAUAGUUGGAUUCGUACACACGCAUGUUCAACAGUAAAUAAUAUUUGUACAUUUGUUUUACGCGAGACGGAAAAAGCCGAAUUGCGUCACGAAGGCGGUGGUGGUACUGAAAAGAAAAAGACAGAGGCUCUCAAGAGUCCUUGUUUAAAUUAUCUGUCUCAAUACCCUCAUCUUUUACCUAAAUUAUUAACCACCUUAUUUGGUUUAAUCCUGUUUGAUGAAAAUAAUGAUCAAUGGCAGCUGUCAAGACCUUUAUAUUCCCUUGUGUUACUCGACCGCGAUUUUGCCGCAAAAUACACAAACCAAGUGAUUCUUCAACAGUUACCGGAACGCCGAGAAUUUGUAACCAAAGCCCUGAGUAACUUGAUGGAUGGAAGUGGUUGGACUCUCAGUACAAAAGAUCGUGAACGCUUUUACCAACAAGUACAAGCUGUAAAAAGACUCUUGAACAGUAGUCAUAUUGUCCUUGUCCCCCUCGUAAAUUAAUCCUACAAAAAAAAAAAAAGACAUGUAUACCUUUUUUUUUUUUGUUUAAAAUAAUAAAAACAUACACACACACA